AUGGCGCAAUCAGACCUCGACGCCCUCCUGGAAAUGGGGUUCGAGAAGCCUCGCGCGGAGUUGGCCAUCAAGAAAUCCGGCGGGCUUCAAGGCGCACUCGAGUGGCUCGAGAAGAACCAAGACACACCCAUUGGCGAGCUUGAGGCGCCCCAAGACGACGACGAAGCAGCAACCCAGGCGGCGAUCAAGGGCUUGGAGGAGGGCCAGCUUGCAAAGUCCCUCGCGUGCGAUGACUGCGGCAAGAAGUUCAGGACCACCGCUCUCGCCGAGUUCCACGCCUCCAAGACCGGCCACGAGAACUUCUCCGAGUCGACCGAGGAGCUCAAGCCUCUGACAGAGGAGGAGAAGAAACAAAAGCUGGAGGAGAUGCGCGCCGCCCUUGCCGAGAAGAGAGCCAGACAAUCCAUCACCGACAAGGAGGAGCAGAAGCGGAACGACAGGAUCAAGCAGAAGGCCACCAGAGAGACCCAGGACGCCAAGGAGGAGCUCCAACGUAAGGAGCAGAUCAAAGAGGCCGCGCGCAAGCGUCAGGAGAAGCUCGACGACCUGGAAGCCAAGAAGCGCAUCAAGGCAAAGAUCGAGGCGGACAAGGAAGAGAGGAGGCGCAAGGCCGAGGAGGCCAAGGCCGCCAGGGAGGGCAAGGCCCCUCCAGCUGCCGCGGAGCCUGCCGCCGCCGCAGCUCCACCGCAGCCUAAGCCCAGCACAAGCUACACCGACGCCAGACUGCGGUUGCAGACCCCCGGUGGAGUGCUGCAGAAGAACUUCCCCGCCGAGACGACUCUGUUCGAGGUGGCGCAGGCGAUCGAGUCGGAGCAGGGGACCACGGUGGCCAGCUUCACGUUAACGUUCCCGCGCAAGACCUUCGAGGCGGGCGUCGACUUUGGCCAGACGCUCCGGGAGGUCGGUCUCGUCCCUAGCGGUGUGCUCAUCGUUAAGUAG